UCUCGGGAUGAAAAGGGGCGUUUUGGCGGGCAGUUGUGACGUCAUUACCUCUUGUUUGGUGUUUCGGCAACUCUGUAGCGAAUAGGGUUUGUGUUUGACCGAAGAGCUGUGAGGGGCCGGUCAGUCACGGAGCCCUAGACACUGCGCCGGGCCCCCUAAAGCUGGAACGCGGGGGCUCGUGACCUGCCCCCACAGCAACGGUAAAACGGAAGUCCUGCAGUCUGAGCCCGGUGUCCUGGCGGAAGCGGCAUUCUCUCAGCAGUGGCCGGGAGCCAGCCCCGGAGCCGCCCGGAGCAUCCCGACUUGGUGUUGAUGUUGAAUAGGCCUCAUUAGCAUAUUAAAAUGGCUCUACCCAAAGACGCCAUCCCUUCCCUGUCGGAAUGCCGGUGCCAGAUCUGUGUGGAAAUCCUAAUCGAGCCCGUUACCCUUCCUUGUAACCACACGCUCUGUAAUCCGUGCUUCCAGUCGACUGUCGAAAAGGCAAGUUUGUGCUGUCCCUUCUGUCGCCGCCGGGUCUCUUCGUGGACUCGGUACCAUACCAGAAUAAAUUCUCUUAUCAAUAUGGAACUAUGGGAAAUAAUUCAGAAACACUAUCCAAAGGAAUGCAAGCUUAGAGUCUCAGGGCAAGGAUCGGAAGAAAUCGUUGAUGAUUAUCAGCCCAUUCAUCUGUUAAGUAAACCUGGAGAAUUAAGAAGAGAAUAUGAAGAAGAGAUAAGCAAGGUGGAAGCAGAGCGACGAGCCAGUGAGGAAGAAGAAAACAAAGCCAGUGAAGAAUAUAUACAGAGAUUAUUGGCAGAGGAGGAAGAAGAGGAAAAAAAGCAGGCAGAAAAAAGGCGAAGUGAAGUGGAAGAACAAUUAAAAAAUGAUGAAGAACUGGCAAGAAAACUAAGCAUUAAUAUUAAUAAUUUGUUUGAGGGAAGUACCUUGGCUUCGCCUUUGACUUCCAGAAAAUCUGAUCCACUCACAAGCAAGUCACAAAAGAAAAAUAAGAACAAACAAAGAAACAUGGGAGAUAUUCAGAAGUAUUUGUCACCUAAAUCUCUAUUUGGAUCAGCAUCACAGUCUGAAAUUGUACAAGAAGUCAGGAGAAACUCCAUAUCUGAGGAAAUUGACAGUAGUGAUAUGAAGAGCCCUAAACAGCAAGAUACAGAAAUUGAAAAAAACAUGCCAACACUUUCUCCUCAAAUAUGCCUUGAAAUUCAAGAACAAGGUGCAAAGUCUUCAGUAGAGUCACCUAUGCCAUGGUUAUGUGUCUAUGAUGCAGAACAGUGCCUUGAAGGAAAAGCCAAAACACGAUCCAACAAUCAUGAUCAAGAGUUAUGUGUCAUAAACUAUGAAGGACCUAAAACCAAAGUUCCCCACUCUAAAGAAGCUAUAAUUAAGUCUUGUGGCAAGGCAGAGAAUGGGUGUACUUCCUCAGAUAAAACACAAGUAAUUGGAGACAACCCAGUUGAGACAGAAAAUGAAGAGUCUAGCCAACUGAUCAGUAAAGGUAUUUCAAAAAGAAAAAGCCAAGAAUCUUCACUUGAAACAGUCAGGGAUCCAUGCUUCUCUUUAAAACGGAAGAAAAUGUUCUCAUUAUCUUCUUCAGAUCAAGAGGAAACAGAAAUGAAUUUUACCCAAAAACUGAUAGAUUUGGAGCAUUUACUUUUUGAGAGACAUAAACAAGAAGAACAGGACCGGUUAUUAGCAUUACAACUACAGAAAGAGGUGGAUAAAGAACUAAUGAAGCCAAACCGGCAAAAAGGAUCCCCAGAUGAGUACCAGUUACGUGCUACAUCCUCACCUCCAGAUAACUUAUUCAGUGAGAAGAAUUACAAAGAUAGGAACUUCAAAAGGCAGACUGAUGUAGAACAUCCUAAACCUCGGAGAGGCUCAAGAGAUGAAAAUUGGCAACCUUCUUUUAAAAUCCAGUUGAACCGUUCAGUUAAUAGAAAAAAGAUGUCAAACUCUACUAGAGAAAGUUUUAAUAUAUCUAAAAGUACUCAUUCUCUACAGCCUAGUAAUUCACAGAAAAGUAUUUUUCAAAUGUUUCAGAGAUACACCAAAUAAUGUGGGCAGAGGGAGUAUCUUCUAGUAAAACUGGAUUAUGAAGCUCUCUUCUGUCAUAGAAUCUUUAUAAAUUUCACAUGAAUCUCUGCUUUCUGAGUAUACUUAUUAUCUUUAAAGACUGAUUACAAAGGAAGAAUAUACAAAUAUGUUUCUGUAAAACUCAGCGUUAAGCAAGGGUCCCUAUCCAUUGUUAAUAACUAAUGCGCACUAAGUUUAACAAUCCUUUUGUAUGUACAAAUGCAUUCGGGAAGCCCAAGAAGUCUUAAAGUGCCACUCUAAAAAAAUAAUAAGUUUUAUGGCCUUUGCUCAUUUACUGUCAUGAAUAAUCAAAACAAAGAUGAUAUCAAAUAGUUAAGGAGUCCUCGUAGGAUUUAGAGACUAGAUUUUCUUUCUUACUUUUCCUUAUGUUUACACAGCACUUGAAAUGUAUCUACCAUAACACUUGAGUAGUUAAUUUCCAUCACUAAUUAAAUUUUAAACAUCAUAGCAUUUUCUUUGACUUAAAAUAGAUUAGGACAAUGUUAAAUCAGAGUUUUCUAGUAAAUUAAAAUUCAGUUGACAGAAAGGAAAGCCAGAUUUUUUAUGCAUAAAGAAAGAGUUAGGGGCUGGGGAGAUAGCUCAGAUGAUAGAGUGCUUGCCUUGCAAGCACAGGGCCCUGGGUUUGAUCCCCAGCACCGCAAAAAAAAAGUGGGAUGAAUUGGCAAUUUAGGAGCAUUCUGGACCCGGUUUCUAAUAGUUGAUGUUAUUUGGCAUAACGUUCUCCCUUGUCUUUCUUUGCUAUAAAUGACACACAAAAAAUUUGGGGUUUAUACCUUUUCACACCAUAGUUUUCACUGUCAUAAUCCAAAUUAGUUUUCUGAAUUUUUAGAAAUUCGUACUUCUCUUAAUCUGCUAUUUCCUGAAAAAAUGGAAAUUUGCUAUAGAAGAGUCACAUCACAGUAUCUUGUUUUGGAAUCUGAAACAACCAUGAGUUUUAUUUCCUUAUGCUAUCAUUUGUGCUGAUACUUUUCUUUGUACUUGUGGACAGUGAGAAUGUAUGUAGGUUUUGCUCUUACCCCUGAAAGUUAAAUCAGAAGCAGUGAUUUCAUUCGUGAAACUUUAGAGAUUACUACUUUUAAUUCUGCUGCUAAUUUAAAAUUCUAGUUUUUUCUUUCUCAAAGUAAUGAUCGUGGUGAGAUGAGGUAUAGUCAGAAACUAACCAAAUUUGUCCAAAACAAACUAAAAUCUGCCUUAACAUCAAACCAGUAUUUUUCUAAGAGCAAUUCACUUAGUAUUUUAGCAUAGACAUUGUUGGCACUCCUUGAAUUAAAAGUUAGCCAAAGCUUCCUGAAAUGUUCUAUGACCAAAAGGGAAAGAAAUAAUAAAUAGCCCGUGGUGUGAUAUAUCUAGGAUUUAUUUAUUUAACCACUUAUUCAUCUGUGAAGAAGUCUUCCUGACUAGAGUUGGCUUUAAGAUAAAUUUUAAUUUCUCUAUUAGUCUUUCUGCUCUUCCUACCAUGUAUGCAUUUUUAUUAGAAGUUAGUAAAUAUUUUGUGCCAGUCAUUAGAAUGUAAUGCUGUUUUUUCCUCAUUUUUGUGGGAUAUGAGUACGUUUAAUUUCUUAGUACUAAAGCUGUACAGAUGUCAUGAAUCCGAAAAUUAAAAGAAUUAUUAAAAAUUAAAAUGGAUAGUUACAUAUUUCACUACUCAAAUAGAAAUUGGCUAUAAAAAGUAUAAGUUCUGCAUAAUGAAACUAUCAUAAAGCCAGAUGUGGUGAACAUGACUGUAAUCCCAGCAACUUUGGAGGCUGAGGCAGGAGGAUAAGAAGUUUGAGGUCAACCUCAGUAACUUAGUGAGACCUAGUCUCAAAAGAAGAAAUAAAAAGGGCUGGGGAUGUAGCUCAGUCUUCCUUAAGUGCCCCUGGAUUCAAUCUCUGGUACCAUAAAGAAAGAAAGAAAGAAAGAAAUCUACCGUAAAAGACAUGGCAAACUGGGGGAAGAAAUGGUUACAAUUCAUCACAGAGCUAAUUUCACGUAUAUAUAUAUAGUAUAUCAAUUCAUUAAGGUGUAGCUCAGUGGUAGAGCGAGCACUUGCCCAGCAUGUGAAAGGGUACAUAACAUCACUUAUGUCUUUGCACUCUUCAGUUAGUAAAGACGAAGUAUUUGUUGUUUUCUCAUUUUUGUGUAUGUAUGUGGUGUUUUUAAUUUUGGCAAGAAUGGGGGAAAUGAGCAUUUUUAUGCAUUGCUUGGUAUGAAUAGAUCAUUGAAAAUCCCUAUGGAGGUAAACUUAGCAGUUCUACAUCUCAGGUUUUCUUAAGGCUGUUCUCAUAUGUAUACUGAAUGACACGCACAAAUUUUUUUUAAUUCCAUUGCUUGUAAUAAUAAGCUUAGAAACAACUUUAGUGUCCAUAAUAGAUACUCAAUAAAUGAUGGUACAAUGGAAUACUGUAUAGCAGUUUAAAAAACCUUAUAUAUGAAAAGAAUAAGAGUUAAAAAAUAAAAGACGUAUGCAAUCCUUUGUCUAAAGAAGGGAAACUAUUUUGUAUGUAUUUGGUUUAUACCUGUAAUCCAGCAGCUCCAGAGACUGAAGCUGGGAGAUCCCAAGUUCAAAGCCAUCCUCAGCAACUUAGCGACGCCCUGUCUCAAAUAAAUAAGGGCUGGGAUGUGCCUUAGUGGUUAUUGAAUCAUUGACUAUUUCAUCUAGUCAAAAAACUAAUAAAUGUUCUUAAAAUAUUGCAAGAUAAGCCGGGUUCAGUAGUACACACCUAUAAUCUCAGUGGCUCAAGAGGCUGAGGCAGGAGGAUCGAGUUCAAAGCCAGUCUCAGCAAAAGUGAGGUGCUAAGCAACCCAGUGAGACCCUAUCUCUAAAUAAAAUAGGGCUGGGGUUGUGGUUAAGUGCCCCUGAGUUCAAACCUCUGUACCCCACCUCCAAAAUAUUGCAAAAUAAAGGAAGCUUAUAAAUCAGCCUGAACUACUUAGGUGACCCUUUUGCCUGUUUUAAGAAUUAUUAUAAAUCAGGAAAGUUUUAUUCAGUGUGAAAAGAAAAUAGCAUUGAAGCUGAUUUCAUUUUUAUGCUUUAAUGUGGAGUUUUUAAAUUAUUCAAAAGCAGAGUUAAUGCUUUCCAGGUAGGAUUUUAGCAGACCCACAAUUCUGAUGUGAAUGAAAGAAACCAAAUAAAAGUGUAAAAUUGUCUAUUUUAAAAGCAUUAGUGAGCUACUGAAAAUGAAGACAAAGGGGCUAAAACUAGAGAAAGGGGAGCUUAAGAGAUAAAUUGAUAAUUUGCAACCACCUUUUCCCUCCUAGCAAGAUCCUAUUCUAAGUAUAAGACAAGAAUCAGGCCUGCUGCUAAAGAACAGAGACUGAUAGCUCUUGGCCAGCCCCUGAGACUGGAGUAACUUGGAGAUUUGAGGGUCGUUGACUAUGUGACUGGUUUUCCCAUCAAGAAAACCACAGAAAACUGCUGGGCAGAAGCUAAAAGCUAGACUGAAAACCAGGUUCAUGGUGCUGAUAAGACAAAAGAUGAGAUUGCCAUGGAAGGAACCCUACUGAAUACAAGAGUUUCUCAAUUGAAAGCCCUGUAACAGUCUGCAGACCAUCCCAAUGGCCAAAUCUGACAUGCUAUUUAUAAGGCUAUGAACCAAGAAUGGCUAUAAAUAGAUUUUAAAUUGUGUACUUCAUUGGUCUACAAACAUUUAGUCUAUAAGGAAUUGAAGACAGAACUGGUAAUUCCUAUGUGAGUUUGUAGACUAUGAAAACAAGAGCAUGUAAAGCAAGAGGGAAGAAAACAAAAUUCCCUUAUCAACUUGGUUUCUACCUGUAUGACCUUGGGGCAGCUGUAAUACAAAGCUGCUCUCCCUGCCCUUUCCGUUGCAGCCAUUUUCCCCGCCUCCCAACUACUGUCAGUCGGUGAACAUCCUAGCUAGCUA